UCAAGAGUGGCGUCCAAAAUUUUCACCCAGCGGCCAGCGGCGCCAAAUUUUCAUCCCCAAAUUCUCACCACACCCUCUCAAAUCCGCCUCCACCUCCUUCAAACCAAAAAAAAAAAAAACGCCCCCCUCUCCCAAAAUCUAGGGUUUCUCUCGCUCUCUUGAGCCCCCUUUUCUGGCUGCUCUCGCUCUUCUACUUCCUCAAUCCCCUCAAUUUCUCAAGCGGACUCUGAUUCUUCUCUCGUCGACGGUGACCAGAUCCCCGAUUCGUCACUGUAGUUCGGUUUAAUUCGCUCUGCAAAAUAUUGUCAUUUGAAGAUGUUUUGGAGAAUCCCCAACUUCUCUGCUUCGUCUCCGAUUGAGUCCAUAUUGGACAAGGAAAACUUCAUGCUGGAAGAACUUCUGGAUGAAGAAGAUAUAAUUCAACCUUAGAGACAGAGCUCAAGUAGAACAAUUGGUGCGAUAUAUUGUGGAAGAUGCUCCUGCAGAUGCUAAAAGCAAGCGAGCCUUCAAGUUCCCUUUCAUUGCUUGUGAAAUUUUCACUUGUGAGAUUGAUGUUAUUUUGAAGACAUUAAUAGAGGACGAAGAGCUGAUGGAUCUGCUAUUCUUCUUUCUUGAACCAAACCAUACACACAAUUCCUUAUUGGUUGGAUACUUCAGCAAGGUGGUUGUAUGCUUAAUGUUAAGGAAGACAACAUCACUUAUGAAGUAUGUUCAGAAUCAAUUUUUUAUAUCAGGUCUUUCAGGAGAUGAUAUUAUAAAGAACCGCAUUUUAGAAGCCCUAUAUAGGCGUAUCAGGCGCAGAGAAAGUGCGAUAAGUUCUGGAUCAGCAGGCACAUCAUCAUCAGGAGCAGAGAACACUGCAGUCAUCACCGUUGGUUUAGCUCUAAUAUCAGUCGCUGCAGCAUCGGCAAUUCUUCUCCAAAUCGACAAAAAAGCGCCUCAAGUUCAGAGUACAGAGUACUCUGGACCUCCACUCAGUUACUAUAUAGGCAAGUUCAAGCCUGCAAGUAUUGUAGAGGCUGCAGUUAUUUCUGAGCCUCAGAGUUCUCCAAUUGUAGAGGCUUUUGCUCCUUCCGAACCCGAGACUGCGUCGAAUGUGCAGGUUGAAGGUGAUGCAAGUGCAGCUCCUGAGGUCCAAGUUGAAUUGAAGGUGGAGGGUGAAAGUUCAAGUGUUGAAAAUGUUCCUUGAUUGGAUGGAUCAAGCCACUCCUAUAUUAUAUUUUGGAUGUAUGAGUCAUUUUGGAUAUUAGAAACAUAUAUAUAAUAUUGGAUGCUUUUCAUUGUAUAUGUAUAUAUAAUAUUGGAUAUUUAGCACUGUUUGAGACAUUUUUGUGCGUGUAUAUAUUUUUGAUUUCAAUGUGAUA